AUGUCGCGUGCAUUCACACCCCUACUAUGGGGCGAGAAUGGUCUAGAGACCAAUAUCACAGGCAGCCCAUCUCUUGGCAGCGUGAAGCGUUUCCAAGCGAACAGCACCAUGACGACAACCGUUACCCCGAAGCCCAUGAAGUUCGCCGGCCACCUAUUCCAGUUCUUCGAUAUGGAAGCCUUCAGGAUGUCCGCACCUGGCUACGACGAUGCGGAAUAUCCCGGUGAUGGAUUACGAUCUGGAUUUGGGCGAGACCUCGCGAGCCGCAGAAUGAACGAGAGACGGAGAGCCUCAGCCCUAGAGGCGAUGGACAGUGACUUGACAUAUAAAACGCGUAAGCGGCCCCGGAGCCAUUCGUCUCGGCAGCUCCUCCACGAGGAUCGGGACCCGCCGGUAGCCAUUAGCGCGACAAAAGCCUAUCCGCAUUGGAAUUGCCAGCAAACUGCAUGCAAGCUUAUCGCCAAAGCAUGGGUCAAGGCUGUAGAGCCGAAAAAGCAGUCUCACCACCCAUAUACCGGCAAGGACGAAAAGGCACCGGAUUGGUGGCCGAAGCCAUGGGGCACAAUGAAGGAUGAGCGAGUUCGUCACAAAGAACCCGACCACCUCUAUAAGAAAGAGCGUGUGCACCUUCUUGCCCAUAUUCUACGAUUAAUCGUGGAUCCUAGCCAUAAGCAGCACCCGGAUGUGCAGAAAUCGUGUCUGAAUGUCAAGAAACUUGAGGAGGUUACCGCAGAGGCGCUUUCAAGCUUCUUCUCCGAUCCGGAAAAUCCUGGCAAUAAUAAGAAGCGGCCAUACUUGACCGAGAUCUUCAAGGUUGCCCGUUUUGAAGAACGAUAUAGGAAUGGCGAAAUUGAUGGCGAUACAGAAGUCUUCGUCAUGGCUGACGACAAAAUCCCCGAGUAUUACCAACCGGAGGCAGACAAUUCCGUCAAAGGGCGGGAGAAGCAGGAAGAGCAGGAUGCGGUGGCAGGUCAUCGUGGUCUCACCCCGUCCAAGGCUGUAGCUCCACUUGCGAUGAUAUCGACAAGCAGUGCUGGGGCGAGCAAUGCCGGAAACGGCAUGACGGGCCCACCAUUUUUGUCGGAACUCCCGGUGCGCGGAGGCUCCCAUUUGGGUGCGCAGCUAGUUCAAUCGGACAUGGGCACGGAACAGCAGGCCACAUAUGUCGAGAGCGGUGCCAUUAGCGGGGGGCUUCCCGGUUCCAACAUCAAGCUAGAAUCCCUCUCCCGACAGCAUAUGCAGUGA